AUGUUGAUGACGAUCGGCGGCCGCCAUAUCGAUGGUUUCUUAUACGAUCUUCCUGUUCCGGAACAGGAACACGUUGACUCGUUAAGGGCCAGUACUUAUAAUGCUCUUCUCAAAAGUUCCAAAAAGAUAUUGCGAUCUUUUGUCGAGAUGAUGCUUUUUCCUGAUACGGUCGUUGUCACUCAAAAUUUCUGCUCCAAAAUGAAUAUACUUUUGAUUCUGCUUAAAACGCUAGCUGAAAGACCAGUUUUGCCAACACUGGUUAAAAUGUUUAUGGAAGGUUCCACCAGAUGUCUUACCUAUUAUCGGUAUUCUUUUCCUUUGUUUUAUGCCGUUAGACAUUAUCCUUAUGGCGUUUUGAAGAAUGUAGACGGUUUCAUUAACUUUGCGCAAGCGUCAUCCAGUGAUUCAAGUUCUUCAAAAGAAUCUUCUGGUCUAGUAAUAACUCAACAGCUAAUAUCCGGCAAAGAUACAUUGUAG